UGUUUCUGUUUUGCGUUUCAUCGUCCCGGCCCGGCGUUGUUUUGGCUCAGCAACGGAGCAAAAUCGAAUGCGCUACGCUUGUUCCUCUGUAAAUCCUCCGUUCGUUCCGCGAGUUGUUUACCGGUUUCCGCAGUUCCGUGAUCGGUUCCGGGUUUAAAGUGAAGUGCUUUUCUAUGUGUUAGCUUGUGUGUCGUGUUUUUUCUUUCCCGAUAUAAUUAUGGAAGCGAAAAAGAUCAGUUUCGGCUUCAGCAAGAUCAAGAAGCCGAAUCUGGCCGGCCCUUCGGCAAUCGGUUCCCAAAAGAGCAAGGAUGGUGAUAAGGUUGAGCUGAUAUCCUGCCUGGAGGGCCAGGCGAUAAAGAUUGUUGGCAAGGAGAAUGACGAAGCUGGGCCUCCUCCUUUGGUGAUUCCGCUGAGGGAACAGGAUAAAACGACCAUUCCGGAUCGUUUAGCAAAGCUGCAGGAUAUCAUCGAGGGGAGAGAAGGGGAUCAAAACGGUGUGAACAAAGAUGUGGAAGUGAAACCGGUUCCGGUCGGGAAUGAAUCGCUUGAGCAAAGGGCGGCGCGAGAAAUUUUGGAAGACUUGCAGGAACGAAAGUCCCGUGCCAGUGAGAAAGACAGUAUGGUUGUCCCUUUGAAGCCGGAAGAUUUACCCCUGGAUGGUGGUCGUGAGUCCACGAUGGAUGAUUACGAAUCGGUGCCGAUUGAAAAGUUCGGUUUGGCAAUGUUGAGGGGGAUGGGUUGGAAGGAAGAUCCCAAUGCUCCGAAGAAGAGUGAUAAGUUUCCGGAAGGGCCGGUGCAGAGGCCCAAAGGGAUGGGAUUGGGAGCGGAACGGGCGCCUAAGGAUAAAAGUCGGCAGUUGAUUCCCCCGGCGAAGGAUGAAGUGCUGGUGAUGAAGAAGGGAGCGUUCGUGAAAGUGCUGACAGGGAAGCAUAAAGAGACCUACGGAACGGUUGAAAGUUUAGACGAGGAAAAUGCUCGAGUGGUGGUUCGGUUUUCCAUAGGUGGAGGUCAGGAGUCGCUCAAUGAAUAUCUUCUGCAGUUGGUUUCCAACGCCGAAUACAAGAAAUAUUCCAAGGUUUUGAACAACGCCAAAUACGAAGAGUUCAAAAACCGUACGACCGAUACCAAAACUGCCAUCAAAGAGGAAAAAUCAUCAGCGGAUCACAAAAUCAUCAAGCGUGAUCCAUCGGCUUCGCCGUCACCCCCGCGGCCUUCUUCCUCCGCCAAAUCUCAGCCAUCGCGAUCACACCGGGACGACUACGAUCGUCGGGAACGCUCGCCGGACACACGUGCCGAAGAUCGUCGGCAGUAUCGUCAGGAUCGACACGAUCGCAACGAUCAAAGUCGUCGCGAUCGACGAAGUCCCGCUCGGGAAGAUCGCCGCCGGCAGGACGAUCGACAGCGUCGGCGACCAACCAGCAGCAGCAGCAGUGACGACGCUUCCGACUCGGAUGAAUCGAACGAUCGCGAUCGCGAUCGGCAUCACCACCACCGGCACAAAUCGUCCUCGUCGACAUCUUCUUACGCGCGAACGUCCUCCGGGACGAAAAAGAAGUCCCACAAGUACAAGCAACGGCGGGAUCAUUCGCGGGAGCGCGAUCGCGAUCGGGGCCAUUCCUCCGACGAGGACGAUCGGCACCACAAGAAGAAGACCAAAAAGAGCAAGAAACAACGAAGUCGAUCGCGGAGUCGACGAUAGGCGGGUGCGUGCGUGGUGUGGUGGCCGUUUUUCCUAGCGAAGUAUGUAAUAAAUUGAUGCAAAUAAUUGCGGA